UGGUAGUGGGGCAUCUGGAGCCCGAGGCUGGCCAAUGUCAACACAAGUGUCUUAGUGCUGCAUUAGCGAUAAGCUUGUCUCAACUACCUGCCUGAAUUGGCAUUGUCUUUCGAUAUUGCACGUCACAUCAAGCUCGCUGAUCCCGGGAGCAGACCGAGUGGCUGUUUGCCUCAGAGCCUAAGAAAAUCGCACUGCUAUGCCCGUCACUUCAUACCAUGAGACUAGAAAGUUGAUUUUACUUUUCAUUUGGCAUUCUCGAUUGCGAAAACUACUUGCGAAAAUCAUUCUCCGCAGAGGGCAUCACAAUGAUUCCAGCUUGGAUUCGUUCUUCGUCGGAGAGCCGAGCGUCACAGGAGGAGAAGGACAGCGGCUCGGUUGAGAAUCUUUUGCCUUCCUCGCUGGACGAUUACCAACAAGCUCAGUACAAAGGAAGGAGACAACAAAGGGCGGAUCGUCGCUAUUGGAUAUUGACGUUACUGAACAUCAUUCUCUUUAUCGUUUCGCUUGUCGUUCUCGCUCGUGAGGUGAACGAUGACAAAAUAUACUCCCGUGACCGGCGUUGGCUGCUGAAGCAAACAUCGUAUUUUUCCCCAGUUCUCGAGAAAUUGGACAUCAAAACAUCGGUCAAGCAAACAGACGGCAGUCUAUUCGAAUCUCCCAAUCCCUCACCCUACCGUAAUGCCCGCAGACCCGAUCCAGCAGUUGAUGCUGCAUGGGAAGCAAUCGACAACAUCCGCACAUUUCCCAUCACAGCCGAAGAAGUCCGCAAGCUCGGCAAAGACCCAGAACUCGUCGCCAAAUUCCCAGAAGAGUACGGCCUCGGCCCAGAUGCCUACGUCGCCGAACUCGAUAUAUUCCACCAAAUCCACUGCCUGAACCUUCUACGAAACAUAGCAUGGGUCGAAUAUGGCCGUUCUGAGGAUCACGGGAAGAAGCCAUACUCGGAACUGCACUGGGUUCACGUAUCGCAUUGCACGGAUAUGCUGAUGCAGACUCUGAUGUGUCAGGGCAGUUUGGACGUUUUGACGUUCAAUUGGAUGGAGACACAGGAGUGGCCAUACCCGGAUUUUUUUGUCAAUAGGCAGUGUAGGGACUUUGAUGCCAUUGUGAAGUGGCAAGACGAGCAUUCUCUUCCAUUGAUGAUGGGUCGGAAUUUGACGAGGCCUGAGGGCGCCAAGGAGAUACCCGCGCCGGCCGCCUUCUAUGAGAUGUUUGGGAAGGAGUCGAAUGUUUCUAUUCAUGAUAAGUUGUAACAUACAUGUCUGAAGUGUCUGUCGUUUUGUACAAGUACCGUUCCAGAUAUCUGAUUCAAGACCAGUGAUCACUUCUCGUGUUGAAAUUAUGAAAGACCUCGUGUUUCGGUUACUAUAGUGCGAAAUUUUCCCUGUCAGCUUUAAUGUUCAAGUGGACGAAAGUGAAUGCAAUCUGAGUGUUUAUUGGUAUCGAAAUGUAGUCGCGAGUUUUCUGGCAUGAUGAUUUUACGAGUUCGUCCGGAAACAUUAGUGAAAGUCGUCGGGUUCGGUUUUGGAGACAGCGGUAGCCAUCAAUGAGAGGAGCGUGAACCUUGGGGAGGUUGAAUCGGUGGUGCAGAGUCUUGCUCUUGGAACUCCUCGUCAGGCUGCUUCUCUUCGAUGUAGAAUCCAUCAAAGAAUUCCUCAAGCUGCUCUGCAGUAGCUCCUGCCAGAGCAAAAGUAUCCCGAUAGGACUGAUGCCGGAUGCAGUCGUAGCUACCUCGCUCCGGUCUAGGAACUGGAUCCCUCUUGUAAACGUACCCAUAUGGGAGGUAGAAGGGGCGCUGUCCUACAAAAUCCUCGUGGUCUUCAUCAGCUCGCUCUUCAGCUCGCUGCAUCGUAUCUCCUUCCUCGAGGAUAUUCAUACGGAUCUGGCCCCACCCUACGGGGGUUUUUUUACAGACACUGUCUGCACUUCUUACAGAUAUUGUCUGUAAACAGGCAUUUUAGACGGAUUUUCUGUCUGCAUUUUAGUUAAUUGUCUGUAUUUUUCUCAGCUAGAAACUCUAAU